AUGGUCCCACCUGAUCUCGCCUCCUCCUACCUGCCUUUCAUCUUUGAGGACAUCCAUGUGACCCUGCCCCCUUCCCCCAGUCCUCAUCCCAUCCCCCACCCAAGCUACCAUGCCCCCCUUCCCUUCCCUCCAGUCCUCACCCCAACCCCCACCCAAGCUACCCUGUCCCCCUUUCCCUCCAGUCCUCACCCCAACCCAAGCUACCCUGUCCCCCCUUCCCCCAGUCCUCACCCCAACCUCCAGCCAAGCGACCCUACCCCCCCUUCCCUCCAGUCCUCACCCCAACCCCCAGCCAAGCUACCCUACUCCCCCCUUCCCUCCAGUCCUCACCCCAACCCCCAGCCAAGCUACCCUACCCCCCCUCCCUCCAGUCCUCACCCCAACCCCCAGCCAAGCUACCCUGCCACCCCUUCCUUUCCCUCCAGUCGUCACCCCAACCCCCAGCCAAGCUACCCUACCCCCCCUUCCCCCAGUCCUCACCCCAACCCCCAGCCAAGCUACCCUACCACCCCCUUCCCCCAGUCCUCACCCCAACCUCCAGCCAAGCGACCCUACCCCCCUUUCCCCCCAGUCCUCACCCCAACCUCCAGCCAAGCUACCCUACCCCCCUUUCCCCCCAGUCCUCACCCCAACCAACCAGUCCUUCAGGUGUAA